AUGUCAAUUCAAAGGGAAUCCACAAGAAUAAUUUACGAAUCUAGGAAACUCCGUAACAUUGAUAUGGAAAGCAGUAUCCAGAGGGAGAAUUCAAAGAAGAGGAAGCUCUAAACAAGACUUCUGGAAGUCAUGGGCCUCACAAGUCCCAGAGACCUCUUGAAUUGAAGAAUACUAACGGACAGAAAAUAAAUUUUUAUCGAAAUAGCCUCGAAAUUGAUGAAUCUGAUGACUCUUAUAUACCUGAGCCACAAUCAUUGGAGGAGAAUUUCCAUGGGAAUAGCAUACAUCCACAGCAAAGAAGACAAGAGCUCGACCAAAUGUUCAACAUGAUGUUGUCUGAGAAACAGCAGGAUAAGACUAAUUUUGCUCAGGAAUACCUUCAAAGGAAGAUUGACAACCGUAUCCAUGAAAUAGAACAGCUCUCUAAUGAGAAAAAGCGCAGGGAUUAUAUUGAAGAUGCCCAAAUCGUCCUUAAAAAUAGGAUCAAAGAUGAGUACGCUCAUGAGCCUGGACUGAAAACAAUGCUUUUUCAUAAAAUUCCUGAUCCAGCCUACCUCAGAGGUAAAGCAGAAGUAAUGACCAACGCUGAAGUGUUAAAACAGAGAAUGAAGCCAAAUAAUAUAAAUAAGAAAGCAGAUGAAAUAGUUAGGAAUUAUCUUCAUAGCAGCGGUAAAAAGAAAGGCAAGAAGAAAAGGAAGAGGAAUGCUUCUGAUGAGCAAAGAGACUCUGAAGAGCAGGUAUUACCUGAAUUCUCCAAUACACUUGACAUGAGGAUUGGGUCUGAUCUUACUACUGAAGAAGAUAUGCUUCAAAGAGCAUCAACCUUUGGAAGCAAUACAAUUUCAGAACCUAAAAAUGAAUUCCAAGAUACUAAAGGAAGAGUUAUAAUGCAGGGCCAAAACAGAAUAGCACAAUUAGAAAAUAUUGUUUGUGAGCUCCAGAUGCAAGUAGAUUACUUAAAUGCCAAUGAAUGAAGCCAAGAUUUAGUUGAAAAAGUAACACAAUACCAUAAAUUAAUUGAGCGUCAGAUUGUAAAUACCCUCAAUUUGUCAAGUUUUAAGUACCUACAGAAAUCAAUUAAUAGUGUAAUUGACUCUGAGAGGACUAGAACAAGAGGUGCACAGAGCCAGUCUUCGAUAGAUUCAAUGAAAAUCAACGGAAAUAACAAUUUUUUAUCUCCUCAGCCAACUAAAUUUCUAGAAAGUUGACUUUCACAACCAACAUAUCGGUUAUCGAACCAAGUUAAUGCCAAAAAGAAGUUGUUUAGUCCCUUUAGCGAAGAAGUAGAUUUCAAAGUUACAAAUGAGUUCGACCAUGAAACUCGUGCUGAACCUCCUAUGGAAAUCAAAAGCCGUCGGUCUCUCAUUCCAUUACCAGGAGCUGGAGCAAAGAUUAAGCCUCAAUCAUACAGGAAGCCUACAGAGAACUUAGUAAACAGGACACAUUUUAAGAAAUCCAAAGGGAAUAAGCCUUCACAAGAAAGCAGAAAGUUGUACAAACAGAAGAAAGAGAAGAACGGAGAUAUUCAUAAAUAAACUAGUGGACAUGAAGAAUACAACUGCUGGGGUUCUUAACAAAAGAAAUCGAGUCAAAAAGCGGAUUCGGGAUCAUAUGAUGAAGCAUAAAAAGAAUUCUGUAGCAACAGAUUAUGCUUCUGAGAUUAAUAAAAAGCUAGGCCAGGCUAUUGAUAUGGCAAUUCAUACAGAAAAUAACUUCAAAGAGCCUAAUUCUCAGAUAGGAAGUCUUAAAAAUUUCCAAAGGAGGGAUAAGCCACAAAACAUAAUUCAUCCUUCUGAAGAGAGCAAAGGGAUGGCAUCAAACUACAUUAGUGUGCAUUCAAAUUACCAGGACCAAGACUACACAGUAAAGGGUCCAUUUUUCUCAAAUUACACUAAAAAUGCGUACUUUAUGUCACCUCACCAGGACGAAAAUACAGAGACUAAUGUCGAGGCUGACCUGCACUACGACUCGGAUAGAUGAGAGAUAUCCUUCUCUAAUGAAAAGAUAGAGAAGAGUAGGAGCAGAAGUAAAGUUCCGCUAGUUUUAACUUCAAAAGUUCUUAAAUAUUAA